ACAGCUCCGGAGACAGGAGCGCAUCUCUGUCUCAGACACCUGAUGAGCAUCUUCCAAACUCUUUAAACUCUUUGGCCUAAUUAUACAAGAGAUAAUUAAUCUGGGGGGAUUUUAUCGAAGCACCAUUAAGAAAACAGAAGCCUACAAAAUCUUUGAAAAACAACAAGAGGGAAUAAUAUUACUGCACUCUGAGACAUGGCACUGUCUUUUCGACGCAGGUGUUUGCUUUUGCUGUGUUUGACAGCUAUCCAGAUUGGUCAUGCUGCCGUCCAGACGUGCAUGGAUAAGCACCAGGUGGUCGGGGUGCUCCGUCAAAUGGAGAAGUUUCUGAAAGGCCAGGAGAUCCGAUUUACAGAAGGUCUCAGGAUCAUGAAGUCAAAGCUGGCAACGCUUCAGAACUCUGUCUCUAAAUUACCUCAAGCAGACCAGUCCGCAGCUCCCACCACCUGCCCCUCCCUGGAAGCCCCUGCACAUGGAACCAAGUUCGGCUCAAAGUAUUUUGUCGGACAUGAGGUCCAUUUCACUUGUUCCCACGGCUACCAUCUUGUCGGUUCUGCCACACGUGUUUGCCGGGACAAUGGCACCUGGACUGGCAUCAGUGCCAUCUGCAAAGAUAUAAGUGAGUGUGCAAGUAAUCCCUGCCAAAAUGGAGGUACCUGUGUGGAAGGUGUUAACCAGUACAAAUGCACCUGCCACCAGAACUGGAGUGGCUCUCACUGCCAGCACCAAACCCAGACAGCACCACCUGAGUGGAGUGUUAUGAACGAUCCAGCAUUCAGCCGGAGACCUCGCUGUGCCCAAGUGAACCGAGCCCAGCACUGCAGCUGUGAUGCAGGCUUUCACAUGAGUGGCACCUCUGACAACAGUAUCUGUCAGGAUGUAAAUGAGUGUGAAGUGUACCGCCUAGACCAGGGAGGGAAGCUGUGUGUCCACGAGUGUGUGAAUGUCCCAGGCUCGUACCACUGCUCUUGCCCCAGCGGCUACAAGUUGCUCCCCGAUGGGCGGAGCUGUGAGGAUGUGGACGAAUGUUUAAGCCAGCAGCACAACUGUAGCCGAGGGACAACUUGUAUCAACACGGGGGGAGGCUUUCAGUGCGUCAACCCAGAGUGUCCCCGUUCUCAUGGCAACAUCAGCUAUGUCAAGACAUCUCCCUUUCAGUGUGAGAGAAACCCCUGCCCAAUGGACAGCCGCUCCUGCCACCUGGCUCCUAAGACCGUGUCCUUCCACUACCUAUCUCUGCCCUCCAACCUGCAGAUUCCUGCCACACUUUUUCGCAUGGCGACCGCGGCUGCCCCCGGGCGCACCGGGCCGGACAGCCUGCGUUUCGGCAUAGUGGGCGGUAACUCCCGAGGCAUCUUUGUCAUGCAGCGUUCAGACAGACAGACUGGCGAGCUGAUACUGGUCCAGCAGCUGCGCGGGCCACAGGAGAUCAGCAUUGAUGUGGACAUGUCUGAGUACAGUGAUCGCACCUUUCAGGCCAAGCAUGUGGCCAGGGUCCACAUUCUGGUUUCACCUUACAACUUCUGAGAUCAAGGUUUGAAAGGAAGACAAGACCAGAAACAGAAAGGUGAAGAGGAAGAAGAAAGGGUGCAUAAUGGGCACUGAUUUUACUGAUACCGUUACUUCAUCCCCUGUCAGAAAUUAAUUUGUCUGAGCGGCCAGCUGCAGGCCACCAUUUGUUCAGUGGCCAAACUACCAAAAGAGUGACAAGCCAAUAUUUAACGGUUAUAUUAUUAAUAUAACAGUAUAUGGCAAAACACAACCUAGAUGCUUCUUUCGGUCGUGUCAGUACGAGCUAUGACUGAUGAUGUUUGACUGAGUGAGUCUGAAUGGAUGAAAGCAUAUUGAAUGGGUCGGGAGAGACGGUUAACUAUUUUUGUCAUUACUGUUUCUUUAUGUUUGUGUUUUUAUGUCCACCAUCGAUCAUGUCGGAGUAGCUCAGGGUCAGGCCCUGGGGCUGAUGCACUGCCCUGCCUUUGUUGAUGAUAAAUCCCUUAAAGACAUUAGUGCUCCUGUGGCUCUAAUUUAUUGGAAAUAUUGUUGGUGGUUUUUACAUUGUAACAUACUGUACGCCACGUUUAUCUUCCAUCAUAUACUGUAUAUUUGGUUUUUUUUGUACUAGCUCGCUUUGUCUAAGGCAUCAGUCAUUAUACUAAGGGAGUUUGUUUGUUUCUAAGCAGUAGAUGCAGUACUGAACCUGGGCAUAUUUCCUCUAUUACACAUAUUAUGUAUGUUACCGAGAAAUAGUCUCAUUAUAUUCUAAAUCAUAGAUGAUUUGGCAAUCUUGCCAAUGCACUACAUAAUUUAUCUGGAAUUUUAAUUGUCUCUGCAUAACUAAAAUAAAGUCAGUCCAACAUUUCAGUAUUUGUUAGAGCUACCUCACUUGAUGCUGAACA